GCACUCUCCGAGCGCCCAGCUCGCAGCUCGCAAUAAGGAACAUUCGAGUGAACGCAAGCCGCUUCUAUAAAUACGAUCACCGAUCUCUCUCGGUGUACUGUUUACUUUGAAACCAUAUUGUUGAACGUACAACAUGUUUAGGGCAUCAAUACUUGUUUGCGUAGUACCAAGUGUACUCAGCAUCAUUGUGAAGGAUCCACUGCCAUCACCAUCAGACUACAAAUACUCGUACAACAUUGACGAUCCUACUACUGGAGACAGCAAGAGUCAGCACGAAGUCAGGCUUGGAGACACCGUUAGUGGGGCGUAUUCAGUGGUCGACCCUGAUGGUACCAAACGUAUAGUAGAGUAUACUGCGGACGCAAAACAUGGAUUCCAAGCGACAGUCCGUGAAGAACCUCCAGAACAACCAGUGGUAACCACUACGCCUGCUCCUGGACAGUAUAAUUAUAACAAGUAUUAUGCAAACAAUAACCCAAGAUCUGCAUACCAUCCAGUACCCAUCGCUCAUAACGAAAUAUCAUCGAUUCCGUACUAUAUCAAGGCAAAUCAACUAACCGAAGAUCAAGUGCUAUACUUCACUCCUGCAAACGAGAUACGACCAGAGAAAUCACCUUUCGUUCCAGGCCAAUAUUUCCUGCCGAGUACAAAGUAAUGUUAUGUAUACUUAUGUUAAUUAAGUACAUUGUGAUAUAAUUUUAAUUAGUGUUUAGCUGUCAUUGUCAAGUUGGUUACCAUAAGAAUGUGCAUUGUGAUGUAAAUUAUGGGAAUGGUUGUUACGCGCGGCGUAUGAGUGUGCCAGUUUACUCUAUAGUUAUUAAUAAUUAACUAUUAAUGUGUUUCUCGGAUACACGGUUUACACAAUAUGAUUGUAACUAGUAUUGUAGCUUAAUACAGGAUACUUCAGUGAGUGAAUAUCUUUGAUAGAUCAUAAUAUAUAAACGCGUUAUUCAUGACAUGUAGACGUAAUUGAAUUCCGAUUUUUUGUGAAUAAAACAAUAUAAAAUCUUUUAAAAGUA